UGGAGAGCAAUACCUUUAGGAGUUUUACUUGCCUCGUUGUGUCUGUUGACCACUAUAGGGAAUGCUCUUGUUCUGCACGCUGUUCGCACGGAGAAACGACUUCAAAGCGUGAGCAACAUGUUUAUUGUCAGCCUAGCUAUAGCAGAUUUAAUCGUCGGACUAACCGUCAUGCCUAUCAGUGCCAUCUAUAUCUUUACCCAGGAAUGGCUGUUCGGGGUCGUCGUUUGUCAGGCGUGGAUCGGAGUAGACUACAUAGCCAGCACGGCCUCCAUUUUAAACUUAUUUAUACUCAGUUUAGAUCGCUACUGGUCUGUACGUUCGCCGUUAGUGUAUUUACGGAAACGGACGAAACGACGUGCGUUAAUAAUGAUCUCGAUUGUAUGGUGUGCGUCUUCUAUGUGGAUUAUUCCCAUUGUUGCAUGGCAUCAUAUUGUGCGCCAGGGAAUUCGCAUAGUUCCUGAAAACGUCUGCGAUACAGAAUAUGCAACCAAUUCCGCAUUCAAAGUGAUCACCGCAUUUUUCAAUUUUUAUCUUCCGCUCGCAGUCAUGUACUCUUUAUACAUAAAAAUAUUCCAAGAAAUCCGCAAGCGAUCGGAGUUCGAAUUAGGACAGAGAAAUAUCGGAACGAAACCGGUAACAUAUCAUGCGUCACCCCCGUCUCAUUCCGGUGACGACAGCGAUCUUCCGGAUCACCACAAUUUCACCGAAAACACAUAUCAACAGCAAGAGUCGUCCGAAGAACAAAAAAGGUCAAGUUAUAUAGUACGGCGUAGUAACUCAAACGGUAAAUCGAAUAAAAAUUCCAAAAAUUCGAAGGGUUACAAAAAUCUGCGUUUAAUCGCAGUGCAAAGACAGAUGAGCAACAGUCGAGAAAACCAUUCGAAUUCCUACAAAGUGGAUGAUCGCGAUAAAACAAUGUUUGUGUUACGAGAUGAUAAAAACAGACGAUUAACCGGAGUACUCAAUAUAAAGGAUCGUAUACGUCACCUCCGGCAAACUUCAGCAUUAACGAAGGAGAUUAAAGCGGCUCGACAGUUAGGGGUUAUUAUGGGAGCGUUCACUCUGUGUUUUUUGCCCUAUUUUAUACUAUUUUUAGUCGUAGCUUUCUGUGAAGGGUGUAUUGAACCCGGUUUAUUAACCGCUAUGACGUGGGUUGGGUAUUUAAACUCCACUUUGAAUCCGUUUCUGUAUCCUUUAUGUAACUUGCAGUUUAGGCGGAAAUUUAGAAAAAUGUUCGGUGUU